GGGAGGGUGGGGAGCUGCCCCCGCCCGCCCGCGUCUCCGCAGCCGAGCCCGCACUGCCUCAGUAUGAACGGGGUCAACGACCCGCCUCUGUUUAUAAAAGAUAUUAAGGCCGGACUGAAAAACUUAAAUGUCGUCUUUAUUGUCCUGGAGAUAGGACGCGUGACCAAGACCAAAGAUGGCCAUGAAGUGAGAUCGUGCAAAGUAGCUGAUAAAACGGGCAGCAUCACCAUCUCCGUGUGGGAUGAGGUCGGCAGCCUCAUACAGACAGGCGAUAUUAUACGGUUGACCCGAGGAUAUGCAUCUAUGUGGAAAGGAUGUCUGACGCUUUAUACUGGAAGGGGUGGUGAACUUCAAAAAAUUGGGGAAUUUUGUAUGGUUUAUUCAGAAGUACCAAAUUUCAGUGAGCCUAACCCAGAUUAUCGAGGACAACAGAACCAAGGGGUACAUAAUGAGCAGAAGAAUAGUAAUAUGAAUACAGGUACAUUUGGAUCAGUGGGAAAUGGUGUUCAAACUGGCCCCGAAUCAAGGGGAUACCAAAUUUCUUAUUCUGGUAGAAGCAAUGGCCGGGGACCGACCUAUCCACAGCUAUCAGGAGCAGCUAAUAAUCACACAGUUAUGACCACAAUAAGUAAUGGCAGGGAUCCUCGGAGAGCCUUUAAAAGAUGACCUAUGCCAAAAAGUCACAUGUAGUUUUUGAACUACGUGCCCUACUUGAACACUUAUUGCACUUUUAUUUAUCAUUAACUGUGAAAAAUAUGUCCUUUAUUUUACAUUUUUGGUUUCUUAAGAAGAGUGGUUGGUUUUUAUAGCAAAACUGUUAAGCUACUCAAGUAUCCUAUUGAACAGUAAGAGCACUCUGAAAACUAGGGGCAUUUAUUUUAGAGCAAGAAUUAUUGGAUAUCUUCUUUAAAAAAAUCUGUACCCAUGUUAAGGGUGAGUUACUUGAGAUAUCAAGCUUUAUAGCCUCUAUGAGUCUAUCUUCUGUAUAUGUUUUUGUAAUAUUUGACAAAGUUUAAUGGGGUAUAUUCUAGGUGUCUUAAAUUCAGGUAUUUGCCAACUAAAGCAAUAACCACCAAAAAUCAGAAACUUGAUCAAUGCUAAUAGCCAUUUUUGAGUGUUUGUGACUCCAGGAAUAACCGACUAUAUUGAGUGACUGCUAUUAAGAUUUUUCCUAGCCCUGAAUCAUUCAGAAUUCUUGUUGUAUUGCCCCCAAACAAAUUUCUUUAUCAGAAUUAUGUAAUAAAAGUAAGAAAGUACAUUUACUUUCUGUAAUGUAGUACUCUUUAACAUUUGUUUUUAAAAUUGCAGAUUAUGUUGCAGGAAAAUUUAAAGCUAAGGCCUUAAAUACUAAGUUGAAAUUACCAUGUUAAAUAUUAAAAUGUAGUUUGGAGGAGUUGUAAAACCAUAAUAUAUAUAUAUAUUAAUCUGAUUAUUAAAAAAUAAUUGUAGAUAAAUAUAAUGGAAGUGAUUUACAUUGAAUCCAUGUAGCAGUAUGCAGUCUUAAGUUAUCCUGGUACUUAACUGGUACUCAGCCUUCAGUGGAAAUUCUAGGUAAUUGCCUUGGAGUUGUGUGUGUGCCAUAAUUUUGGAACUUGAUUGACACAGCAUUAUAAGCAAAAGUUACAUGACUCUCAAAGUGGAUUACAGCUUUAUUCAGAAAUGUUAAUGUGGAAUUUAUAUGUUAUAAAUGGUACCCAGUUUUACUUUUUACAAUAAGGGUGGAUAGCUAGUAAAUUUUUUCCUUUGUUGAGGUUCACAUCUUCUUUUGAAUAAAACUUGUGUUAAUGUUAA